ACUCCGUUGCGCUGCCGUUGAAUCGCCUGCUUGUUGUUCCCCGGAGCUCCGCGGCAGAAGAAGUUGUCUCCGACCAGCAGCGGCUUUAGCACAAACCGGUCCGGAUAUCUGGCGCCGUUUUUUCGGCUUUUCUUCACCCCGAGGAGCUCUGGGGAUGAGGCGGUGAACUGGAUGUCAAAGAACCGAGCUAGCUUCUCACACUACGGCUCGUGUUGGGAACAAACAGCGGGGGAAGGACACACACAAACCCAGAGAUGGUUCACUUUCCGCGGGUAACCUAACUGCUGCUGGUGCUGCUUUAAAAAAUCUGAACAGAGAGAAGAAGAAGGUUAAGGUUAAAGUUCUUGUUGGAGCCUCGCCAUGCCGGACCAAAUCACUGUUUCAGAGUUUGUCGCAGAGACAAAUGAAGACUAUAAAUCUCCGACUGCCUCUUAUUUCACCACCAGGAUGUCCCACUGCAGGAACACAGUGGCUGCUCUGGAGGAGGCUCUGGAUGUAGAUCGCAGCGUUCUCUACAAGAUGAAGAAGUCUGUGAAGGCCAUCUACGCUUCUGGUCUGGCCCACGUUGAGAACGAGGAGCAGUACACUCAGGCUCUGGAGAAGUUUGGGGAAAACUGUGUUUACAGAGAUGAUCCAGACCUGGGUUCAGCCUUUCUCAAGUUCUCCGUCUUCACCAAGGAGCUGACUGCGCUUUUCAAAAACCUUUUCCAGAACAUGAACAACAUCAUCACCUUCCCCCUGGACAGCCUGCUGAAAGGAGACCUGAAGGGAGUUAAAGGGGACCUGAAAAAGCCAUUUGACAAAGCCUGGAAGGACUACGAGACCAAAGUGACCAAGAUCGAGAAGGAGAAGAAGGAACACGCCCGGCAGCACGGGAUGAUCCGGACGGAAAUCAGCGGGGCUGAAAUAGCAGAGGAGAUGGAGAAGGAGAGAAGGUUCUUCCAGCUUCAGAUGUGUGAGUAUCUCCUCAAAGUCAAUGAGAUCAAAAUCAAGAAGGGGGUGGACCUGCUGCAGAACCUCAUCAAGUACUUCCACGCACAGUGCAAUUUCUUUCAGGAUGGCCUAAAAGCCGUGGAGAACCUGAAACCGUCCAUAGAGAAGCUGGCUACAGAUCUGCACACCAUCAAGCAGGCGCAGGAUGAGGAGAGGAAGCAGUUAACUCAGCUGAGAGAUGUUCUAAAAACGGCUCUACAGGUGGAGCAGAAGGAGACGAGGAGAGAUUCCCAGGUGCGGCAGAGCACGACGUACAGCCUGCACCAGCCGCAGGGCAACAAGGAGCAUGGCACUGAGCGAAGUGGCUUCCUGUUCAAGAAAAGUGACGGGUUGAGAAAAGUCUGGCAGAAGAGAAAAUGCACGGCUAAAAACGGAUACCUUACCAUCUCACACGGCACCGCGAACAGACCGCCAGCUAAACUCAACCUGCUGACCUGCCAGGUGAAACACAAUCCGGAGGAGAAGAGAAGCUUCGACCUCAUUUCACAUGACCGAACAUAUCAUUUUCAAGCCGAGGACGACCAGGACUGUCAGAUCUGGAUCUCAGUUCUGCAGAACAGUAAAGAGGAGGCUCUGAAUCAGGCGUUUAAGGGGGACCACCAUGUUGGCGAGAACAACAUCGUACAGGAGCUGACAAAGGCCAUCCUGGGGGAGGUGAAAAGGAUGACGGGAAACGACGUGUGCUGCGACUGCGGAGCCCCCAGUCCAACAUGGCUGUCCACCAACCUGGGCAUCCUCACCUGCAUUGAAUGUUCAGGCAUCCACAGGGAGCUCGGGGUCCACUACUCGCGGAUCCAGUCCCUCACCCUGGAUGUACUCAGCACCUCAGAGCUCUUGCUGGCCAAGAACGUGGGGAAUGCAGGUUUUAAUGAAAUCAUGGAAGCUUGUUUAAAUGCUGAGAACGUUGUGAAACCAAACCCAGCGAGUGACAUGCAAACCAGGAAAGACUUCAUCACGUCCAAAUACAUCGAGAAAAGGUUUGCCAGGAGGAAGUGUCCCGACACGGCGUCGAGGCUCCACACGCUGUGCGAGGCGGUGAAGGCUCGAGACAUCUUCUCACUCAUCCAGGUCUACGCCGAGGGGGUGGACCUGAUGGAGCCCAUUCCGCUCGCCAAUGGACAUGAACAAGGAGAGACGGCCCUUCAUCUGGCUGUCAGGCUGGUUGACAGAACCUCUCUCCACAUCGUCGACUUUCUCACCCAGAACAGUUUGAAUUUGGACAAGCAGACGACCAAAGGCAGCACAGCGCUGCACUACUGCUGCCUGACCGACAACAGCGAAUGUCUGAAGCUGCUGCUGCGAGGAAAGGCCUCCAUCGAUAUCGCCAACGAAGCCGGGGAGACGCCGCUGGAUAUUGCAAGGAGGCUCAAACACGCCCAGUGCGAGGAGCUGCUUAACCAGGCUCUGGCAGGGAAGUUCAACGCCCAUGUCCACGUUGAGUAUGAGUGGCGCCUGAAACACGAGGACCUGGAUGAGAGCGACGAGGAUCUGGAUGAGAAGCCAAGCCCUCAUCGACGAGACGACCGUCCCGUCAGCUGUUAUACCCCCAGCAGUAACUCCCACCUACAGUCAGGUCCGGGAACGGCAGGCCGGGACGGCGUGGGCCUCGGCAAGGACAAGCACCGCCUCUUUAUGCCCAGCCUGGUUAACAACGAGACUUAUGGCACCAUCCUGAACUCGGGCUCCCCUCAGCCGGGCUCCACCUCUGCUCCACCUCUACCCCCCAGGAACCUGGUUCAGUUUUCCUCUCUGGGAAUCGGUCAGUCUCCUUCCUCCAGUAGCUGGAAGCCAGGUUCUUUAGAUCUGGUCGGCCGACAGCGAUCAUCCUCAGACCCUCCCAACAUGCAUCCCCCCAUCCCCCCAUUGAGGCUAACUUCUACUGGAGGUGAGAACGCCCGACUUUAGCUCCUCUAUUUUUUC